CUGGGAAUUCCUUCCCUCCUUCCUUCUCCUCCCCCCCCCGCUGUAGACACAUACUUUUCUGAGGUGGGCUGAGGUGAACAGGAAGCUCUCUCUUUUUUUCCGAACAGCGUUGUUUUCCUUUUUUAAAAUGUGCGAGUUUUCAGCGAACAGAAGGAGGCGGGACCGCCCGCACGUACUUAGAGCGAUAAAGUGGUGCAGAUGUAAGUUGUGCACCGAUGGUUCACGGAGAGAGGGGAUCUUAUUAAAACGCUACUGGACGAAGUUGAUUCUGCUUCGGACUGAAGAGCGAACAGCGCAGGUACGCAACGCGUUGGUUACUUUACACUUUUGUUUCAUGCACCUGUCAAUUAAGAUUUUGAGCGUGAACACGUCAUCUUUUCAGACGUGUGGAAAGAUGACAUCCAAAAUAGUCACUUAGGUCUCUUUGCCUCUGUAGCUUUCUAAUAAAUACCAAAAGUCAGCUUUAGAUAAUGCCUCGUUUGCAUAUUCAAACAUAACAUUUCAGAAAACUUGUAAUACAAAAACAAAUAAAUAAUUAUUAUUAUCUUAAAGUAAUCAACUGGGGAAGUUUGAUGGUGAUGUAUUAGUUUUUUCCCCACCACCUGUAAAAAAAACAACAUCUAAGGCCGUUUUCUCAAAAUUCCUUUUUUCUCAGACUCAAUCUCCACUCCAGCAGCACUUCUACACCACACUGUCCUGUUUCAUUCUUAUCUAUAUUCUGAAGGUUUUUACGGAGGGAUUUCCUCCUCUUCUCUCGCCUGAUUUCCACAACUUUGUAUUACAAGAAACAUUUUUUAUUGUGUUGUUUUUAAAAAAUAUGGCUAUUGGGUCCGUGCACUAAGUAUAAUUUAUUUUCCAUUGUUCACGUUGUAUAAUGAACAAUGUCAGUUUAGGGGUAUUGCCUAAUCUCACGGGUCUACUUGUGUUAAUGUAAAUGUCUUCUGCUACGUGUGAGUUCGUGGUUCGAUAGCUGAGGCUCCCUGAACGCGGUUAACGCUGUCUGUGUUAUUGUUGCAUUGAAUGAACACGUGCAAUGCAAUUCAGCGCACCAUAACAUCCGCUUGUUCCAUUAUCCAACUUUAAUAAUGAAAACUGAGUAACGGAAGUCGAGUCUGAAACGGAGACAGCUCGCCUUCAAAGUAAAAGUUUACCCUCAAUUUUGACUUUAUUGCUGGCUCUGUUGUGUUUGCACUUUUAACUAUUCUACAUAAAAUAAAUAAAAAUCCUUUUGCAGGAUUAUCCUCUGGGCUGUGUAUAGAGUGCUUCAUGACUUUCCACAGCAUAAAAAUCACUUUUAGAAGGCAGUCAGCAACAGGGUGCACAUAUUUCUGCUCACAACACAAUUACACAAUUACAAUACUUAUUAUCAAUAGUAUUAACAUAUAAAACAUACUUUCACUCUUCAAAUUGCUUAACUUUUAACAAAUUACAGAUGUUUUCUACCUGUGUCUGCUGCCCGUUGGUAACAUGGAUUUCAGGCCAGCCAAUCAGCUCCUUCCAAUCUAAAAACUUUAUUUCAGACUCUUUUGUCAUCUAUUAUCAAGUAGUACUAAUCAUUAUUAUUGCAGCUUCCUUGUGAAAUGAUAUUUGAUUGAUUCAGUGUAGGCAACGCAGAGACACUGUACACAUGAAAAGCUAAAUUAAGUUGUUCAAUAACUUUAUGAGAGAAAAAUGAUAACUGCUGGUUCUAUGGCCUCAGUAUUUGUCCUCGCGUGUAUGUGCCAAAGCUUGUCAAAGCACAACAAGUUUCAUGCUACAUAGUCGUUUAAAAUGGUCAAUACACUGUAGUUAAUAAACAGGUUCUGGGUUUUAUUAAACAACUUUUAAUUAAUGAACAAUGAAUUGAUCCUGAUCAAACUCGCCUUUUCAUAUUCAGGUCCUGUCCGAAAAAACACUAAUAUCACACUUAAGAGUUCCCUGAAAACUUUCCUGAUCAUACUUGUUUUACUUAAGUAACAUAUCCAAUGCAGGACUUUCACUUGUAAGUUAUUUUCAAAGUAAUUCAAGUAAAAGUACAUACAAUAGAGUCAAACCUUUCAUAUGUCUUCUGUACAUAUAUUUCCCUCUGAAAAGUAGUGGGGUAGAAGUGGCAUGACAAGAAAAAACUCAAGUAUCUCAAAAUUGUACUUAAUUACAGUACUUGAGUAAAUGUACUUUGUUACAUUGAAGAUCUGCCAGUGUUGUUUGACAACACGGUCAAUAACAAUCCUAGGCAGUUGUGGUAAUAAUGGGAGAUAUUAUUCAUAUUUUCUUAUAACAAAAGGGAAGUUUUACACUUCUUGUUUAAGGUGGCAUUUUGUGAUGAGUUAGAGAUGAUAACUGGAAAUAAGACUUUUACUGUGCACCCACGGUGUCUACAUGCCCCUAGUUUUUGGGUCCAAGUUAGUUUAAAUGUUGUGAAAUAACUUAAACACACAGUAUUGCCUACACAAAUCUAUGCAGCUGUGGCGCUUUUGGCAAUAAUUCUAUUGGCAAAGGAAUUACACUUAGUGCACGGACCCUAUUGACAGUAUCGACAGUAUUUUCUGGUUCAUGAAUCUACAAAGAGAUAUCUAAAAUCCUCUAAUAUGUCAACAAAAUGAAACAAGAAUCCAACAUUCCAAUAUUUCUGUUCUGGAAAUGUAUGCAAAUUUGCAUAUAUUCCUCAUUUGCAUAUUCACACAUACAUUUUCAUAAAAUUUGUAAUACAAAAGAAAAUUGUAAUACAAACAAAUUCACCUAGGGUGUCUCCCCUUAAAUGAAGAUCAACUACAGCCAACGGUCCACAUUGUAUCUGCAACUAUACUCUGUAGCACACAGACAUCUUUCUUUGUGUACAUAUAUAAACAGAAACAGUUUAAACAUCACUGCUCCAUGAGCUGGAACAUUUUACAGCUGUCGUACACCGAAUAUGUACCAAGCAUUAUUGAAGUGUGGAGUUCUUAUAGUUAUAGGCUGCCAUGGAAUGUUUGCCCGAACCUAUUAAAGGCAUGAUGAGUGGAUCCAGUUUAUUUACAUUUACAAGACUGGGUCGUUUUUCACCAUUCGACUAUUUAAACCUCCAUUCCCACCAGUAGUAUUGGUGUGGUUCAUUUCUUCUUAAUAUUAGUGCUAUGUUUUUGCCAUCAUAUUCCAAUUGUUUUGUGCUGCUAUUAUUUGUAUUAAUACAUAUUACCAGCAAGGCAAUGCCUGUAACUGUAUUGCAUAAAGAAGUCAAGAAUGUCAUAGGCUGUGGUUUAUAGGAUUGAUAAAAUAAUGCCAUUUAAAGAUUAAGAUAUUUAGCAAUUUAGGACAUGAGUCUGAUAUCGUCCUUUCCUAAAUGGCAUGAUUUGAAAUUUGUCCCUGGGUAAAAUUAAUAAAUUAGAAAUUGAUGUGAAGGAGACCCGUACGGUGUCAUUUAUCAUUAUGAUGGAAGACGUGAUGAUUAGAGGCAAUGUUGUGACUGCAAGAAGAGACAGGUCCAUUUAUUAAAUGAAAUAUGUUGAGGCUAAAUAAAGACCUGGUCACAUACUGCUGUAAAGCUAACAACAAAAGUAUUUGGAGAAUGGUUGGAGUGAGACGGCAAAAACAUAUGUAUAUGUAUAUAUAUGUGUUGUGUGUGUGUGUGUGUGUAUAUAUAUAUAUUUAUAUAUGUGUAUAUAUAUGUGUAUGUAUGUAUAUAUAUAUAUACACACACACAUACAUACACCUGGGGUGUUGUUGGCGAAAAUAAAUUUGAGCAUAGUGUCACAGCAUACUCCCAAUUUCAGAUGAUAACAGACUUAAAGAUAAGUCGUAACCUGCCCCUGAAUGAAGACUGGCCAAUCAUAGCGUAGCCUCGACAACUAUCCGGCUCUGCUCCAUAGACUCUCGUGCAAUUGUUCUAAGAUUUUCUUUAUUUUCAGGCUGUUUUUUUGGAUUUGGAGCUACUCAGUUAAACGUCGCGCGACAGCGAUACUUGUUACCCGGAGAGGUUGGAAGGAGAUAUGCAUUUCUAAAAUGUUGCGUUUCUACAUAAAAACCUGUGGAGCUAACAUUAGUACGUUAGCGCAUCAUUUUUUAGCAUUUGCACUUCUAUUGAUUGAUUGUAAUAGUGAUUUAAGACUUACCCGGCUUUACAGGAACAGUGUUUCUUAAUUUAAUUUUCUUCGGUCUCAAUCGCCAGGUGAUGUGAUGGUUUACUUUCACACUGAUCUUUAGCUUUAGCUUCUAUCUUUUUAACCUUUUUUCACUGCUGAAUCUGUUUGACAUCCUGUACAUAUCCUUCAAACGCAUAUUAUAGACGAUUCUGUCUGCUUCUCUCUGAAAUCACUUUUUCAAAUAAUUUCUUCAGGGAGUGCAGUUAGUGACAGUGUGGGAUCCAUGGUAGCUCUGACGGCGUAGCAGCAGGAGGCGGGGCUCAGCGAAGGGUCAAUAUAGCAUACUGUAUUUCAGGAAAAUGAAGUGUGUGGUUAGAUUCAAUGGCAUUUUUGAGGUUCCAUUUCAAAUGGGGCAAACACUUGCCAUCAUGGUCAUUACUUUUAAUAACCUAUAAGAACAACUUUAAAAAUCAAAAAAGAAUCAAGCAGAGAAAUGUUUUGGAAAAUGGAAAUGAACCGUUGUAAGAUUGAACCGGGAUUACAUCGCACCUACAUCGUUGUGACAUUUAGGUUGUCAUCACUUUUAUAAUAAUAAUACAUUCAGACGCACAAUGGAUGACACUUUAAAAUGGCAAUAGAUGUCGCAAUCUUGUGCAAACAUUGCGGCGACAUAUAUGUGCUUACUGGACACUGUUGUUUUUCAAUUGCUUUACAACCAACAGAACACACGGAUAAGAGUGGGUUAAGGAGACCACGUGUCCUUUUAUUUUGCUUUAGCUAUCAUGGACGUAAAUGAGGUCAAGAUUCAUGACCAUGACCUGGUGCCACACAAAGGCUUCAAGUUGAUCAACGGGACUCAUGAUCCAGAUGAUGUGGACCAGAUUUACAACUUGGAGACCAGAGACUCUGAUGUGUUUGUCGUCACAUACCCGAAAUCAGGGACCAUCUGGAUGCAGCAGAUCCUGCUGCUCCUCGAGGCAAAGGGAGAUCUGACAGCCAUCAGCAAGCUCAGCAAAUACUCCAAUGCUGAGCUCGUCCCCUGGAUCGAGGUGUAUGGCCACAGACGGAUGUUUAUCACGGCCCCGUCGCCAAGGAUGAGAGUCAGCCAUCUGCCAUUCCAGUUCAUGCCUUCUACUCUGAGCCAGAAGGGCAAGGUGAUCUACGUGGCAAGAAAUCCCAAAGAUGUCCUUGUGUCUUACUUCUACUUCCAUAAGGUUGCAAACAUGUUGGAAACUCCAACGGAUUUCGAUGACUUCUUUGAAAAAUUCAUGAGAGGAGAUGUGUUUGGUUCCAGCUGGUUUGAGCACAUUAAGACGUGGUACUCGCACAAGGAUGAUAUUAACAUGCUGUUCAUCACUUACGAAGAGAUGAUUCAAGACCUGCAUUCAGCAGUGGAGAGGAUCGCCUUGUUCCUGGGUAAAGAGCUGACCGAUGAGCAGCUGGCCAAUGUGGUGAAACACAGCACCUUCAACAACAUGAAGAAUAUCCCACAGGCCAACUAUGAGCAGGUACCAGGUGAACUGCUCAGCCACCACCAGGGAAGAUUCAUGAGGAAAGGCACCAUCGGUGACUGGAAGAGUCACUUCACUGUGGCCCAGAACGAGAUGUUUGACAAGGUCUUCCACGGAGAGAUGGCGGACAUUCCUCUGUUUUUUAUCUGGGACAUCAAGGACAUUGCGUGAUCAGUUGUUGGUCGCAUGACAACACUAAGAAGAAGAUAGUCACAGUUGCAGCUUCAUGAACACAAAAAACAUUAUUCACGUCAGCAUCUCUUUACCCUUAUCAGACCAGAGGCUCUGCUUUCCUGCAGUUUUCCAAAGCACACUUUAUCGUUUCCUUCAUUCCAGCCACCCAGUGGUUUCCAUUUAUUUUAGUUUACUUUGAAAAUCUAUGCAAAGUUGCAUUGAGUACAGAAUAUGUAGUCAUUUUUACAUAGUAGACUUAAUAGUAGCUCUGACCUAGCAAACAUUUAACUUGCAUGACUGCUGUUUCCGCUGUUGGAAGUGGAAAUAGCUGGCAUUAAUUUGUCUCAUGGCCGAUAUUAGCUGAUGACUUGAAAGAAAAAUUCAAUCAAAUUGCCCAAUUGAAACAAAUUCCAUAUGACCUCUCUCGAUUUUUCUCUCGUCCGCAUUCACAACCUCUUCUACUCUGUUUACUGGCGAGCUACAGCAAUGCGCAGAGUUGAGCCUAUACUGCCAACUUCUCGACGAAACUACGGUUAGCGUAGCCAAAUUUAUUGAGAGAAACAUGCUUAAUGCUCAUUUCUCUUUUGCGACAUUUCAAAAUACUGCCAAAAAUUCGCUUCACAACUGAAACACGCUACCGUUACCGUCAAUCUUCACCGAGGAAUUACAGCUUCUGGAGUUGGGUAAUCCCUCACAGGGAGCAUUCCGUUUGUCGCGGUUAAACUAUCGUCGCUUGCCAAUUCAGUGCACACCCUGUAAAUCAAUCUUCGCUCACAACUCUUUCACCAUGGACCAAUACCUUUGGCAAUGCUAAACGCAAGCUUUCUUUUAACUGUAUACAUCCAGCAGUUUGAAUGUAUAUGCAUGUUUAGUUUUAUACUGUAGUAAAAAGGAAGGCGGAUUUGAAGUAAAACUUGUAAAAACACUAGUAUGUUGUAUCGACUUCUAUCGCUGCUAAAUAUAUAGUAUGACUAUGAUGGUCACAUAAAAAUAAUGGUGAAAGAGUGUUGUGGACCACACUUACUGUUUGUGUCAAAUGCCAUAGAAAUGUGAGCUAAACUGCAGAGGAGUGGCCCGAAUCACAUUACAUGGACUUGUGUCAGACUAAAGUCAGAGAUCUGAUGAAUGACUAAAUCAAAAAAGACCUGCGACUUCAAUGACAGGUGGCUUCACUUUAUCUUUUUUGACUUGGAACGACUUGAUUCAAAAUUAUAUUAUAACUACAGAGGUGCGCUGGCUCUGUGCAGCUAAACUGCAUUUCAGUGUAACACUUCAAGUUGACUGUUUAACGUUUCCUCUGAACAGUCCCGCUGUGUGUUUAGUUCUAUUAGCUGUUAGCUGUAUUAGCCCCGAUAGCUGUUAGCUCUGUUAGCUAACACAAUGCAGGACUCUGCUGCUCACUUGCGGCUAACGGCUAACUAACGCUCCUCCUACUGACAUGAGAAGAUGCUGCGUUGUAGUCAGCUCUCUGUUGAGUUUGUCGUUUGUGAAGCGAUAGUUAUGCAUACAAAACCUACAUGCCUGCAAAUGUCAGUCGCGUGCAAAUCAAAAGAGGUGUAAUUUUAGCGGGAGCAAGAAAUCCAAAUUGAAGCAGUUGUUGAUCGCUUGCGGCCCCUACCGGCCGGUUAAGAGCAGUCGGGAGUCUGCAGUCAAUGACAUUAUAAAACAUUCAAUAAAAUAUGUUUUCAAAGAGUGUAAAUCACUGCAACCACGAGGGGUCCUUGAGCAUAGUCAGAAAUAAGAUGAGAUAUGUGCGAGAUGCUCACAACCACGCACAGCCGACCGACUACAUGAUCUCCUUGCGGAGAUAACUAUUCUUCAUUUUCCUUCCAACAGAUACACAAUCAUUUGUCGUUUCUCACGUCGCAGUGCGUUUUUGUCUUCACAUCUGAUGGCGAUAAUCUGAGGUGCUUGUCUGUGUGUCUGCUGCUCUGUGCUGACAAAACACUGCUCUGUUAUUAGCCAAUCGAUUUAUAGUAUCCGUGUUACACCAACAAUUUUGAAUGUUAUAAAAGUUUAUAUGAAAGAAAUGCUGUUAAUACAGAUUGCAAAAUGCUUUCAUUAUUUUUGUAAUUUUUUCUAAAUUUUUGUAAAUACUGUUGCCAUGAUUCUGUCUCCGUCUCUCUCUCUGUGUGUAUUGACCAUUCCCUGUAAUAAAGCCUCCACACUUCAGAUUAUCAGCAGUAAAUUGCAAUUUUCAGACAAUCUUCAUCAUUUUACUCUGCGGCUGACUGGUGUGGUGAUGUAUAACUAUGUAUUCUUUUUACA